AUGGAUGAAUUUGCUGAAAAUAUUGAACUUAUUCGAGAUAGUAUCAUUUCUAUUGAAAGUUCAUCGUGGGAUGAUAGCACACAGAUUGACAGAAUUUUGCUAAACGGACUAUUAGAUUUCGGUUACAUCAACGAAACAAUGCUACCGUGGAACAGUGGUCGACCAAUUCUGAUUCGAUUUUUUUGGGGAGCUGGGAUUUACAAUGUUGUUCAACUUAUCAGCUUUGAAGUCUUGUAA